GUUACAUCCCUGCUCGUGUGUACGGUCAGUCGUGUCUCCUGUGUCAAUGACGUCAGACUGAUGCAGUCGUUUAUUCCACAGAGAGGCGUUCAUCCAGAGUCCAGGCGACUUCAGGCCCAUCUACGACAGCAAGGAGCCCUACAACACUCCUCUGCCUGCACCCUGGUGCGACCAACUGAACCACCUGCAGAAAAUGAUCGUUCUGCGCUGCCUGCGGCCGGAUAAGAUUCUUCCAGCUGUGACUAAAUAUGUGACUUUGAACCUGGGAAAGAAGUUUGUUCAGCCCCCUCCCUUUGACCUGAGCAGGAGUUACCAGGAUUCUAACUGCACCAUUCCUCUGGUGUUUGUGCUGUCACCGGGAGCUGAUCCCAUGGCCAGUCUACUGAAGUUUGCCAAUGACAAGGGCAUGAACGGAACCAAGUUCCAGUCCAUCUCCCUGGGCCAGGGCCAAGGCCCCAUCGCAGCGAAGAUGAUCUCCACAGCUAUGCAGGAGGGAACGUGGGUGUGUCUGCAGAACUGUCACCUGGCCGUCUCCUGGAUGUCCAGCUUGGAAAAAACUUGCGAGGACUUCACUCCCACAACGUGUCACCCAGAUUUCCGCCUGUGGCUCACAAGUUACCCGUCACCCAAGUUUCCAGUGAUGAUCCUGCAGAACGGGGUGAAAAUGACCAACGAGCCCCCUACUGGUCUCAGACUCAACCUACUACAGUCCUACCUCUCGGACCCUGUUUCUGACCCCAAGUUCUUCAAUAACUGCCCCAAAAAGGAACUG